GCAUACAGCGGGUCCGGUCUGGCCGCUCCCCCACUUCCCCACUCAAUCCAAUCCUCGAUCCCUCCCUCCAUGGCCGGCCGCGGCGGUUCUUCUCCUUCCUCUUCCACGGCGAGAGAGGGGAGGGCGAGCGCGCGGCGGCGGAAGAAGCAGAAGCAGCAGCAGCAGGAAGACGAGGAAGACAAAGGGCCGAACCCUCUGGACCCUAGAUUCAGCGACUACGACCCCAAGGAGGGCGAAUACGUCCUCACCCGCUUCCAGCACCCCACGCUCGACCUCGACAUGGAGUCACCUGUUGGUGCGAUGCACAAUGCUAACAGGAUCUUCCAAGAUGGGUUCCGGAUGUGCAACUCGGCUAAUAUUGUCUCGGUCAAUAUUGUUUCCUCUGACUAUGGAUACCCGCUCAAUGUAUACGGCUCCAUCAUAGCUAGGGACAGUCUGGAUCGCAAAUGCGUCUAUUUAUUCCAGCGUGGCGAGGACGAUUGCCAGAACAUCACCUCCAAGAAGGAUCCGUUGGUUCUCACUGGCCCGAAGAGAGGGCUGAUGAUAUUUGAUUCAAUAAUUUUUGAAGUUGAUCUCAAGGUCAAGGUUGUGAAUAGCAGAAAGGUCAAUGACAAGAGAGUUAGCAAAGGCCUAAUGGAGAUUAAUGGCAUCUCCAGACUGUCAUUUCCACCGAAAUACAAGGUUCAAACCGAAACGCUUGUCAGCAUGCACAGCACAUUGGAUUUAAACUACACGUUUGUAAGAAAGGCGGUGGAGGGCACCGUUGAGAUGAGGAUCCUUGAGGCGGGACCUGUUAAUUUCCAUGGGAAAAUCAUCGCUCGCACUAGCAGCUUUCCAUGUGACAUUAUGCUACAUGAUAGCAAACUUGCUGGGAUGCUAAUAGCUGGUGAGGGUGGGAUCCUGCAAACAGCGCGCCGCGUGGUCAGUGUCUCGGUUGAUGAGACGCUCCUGUUGACUAUUGCCACUGCUACAGGCGGUGUCCGCACUGUCGAGUUUACUCCAAAGCACGGCAGCUAUGUCCAUUGUGCAUCGCUGAUUCCUUAUGUUCCUGGUUGAACAUGCUAUAUCCAAAUUAAGAUGUGUGUGCUCUGUAUAUGUUUUCAUACUAAAUAUGUCUAUGCUUUUGGUGGAAGCUUAAUUAUCACUUUUUGUUACCACUCUGUUCGUUACAACCGAGUGAGG